ACGCCAAAGCGAGAAAGUUGCUCUAGUACUUUUUGCGUUAGAAUCAAAAUCUCGCGAAAUGUGAACAAAAAGAAAAGAAAAACUCUACAAAACCCUGUGCCUGAUAGAAUGACAGACGAGUAUAAAAACAUUUUCAAUUCGAAUCUCGUGUUUUAAGAAAAGCUGAAUCAAAUACGAAUAGAGGAAAGACCUGAAAAUGAUGUCGCCAAAUCAGAUCUCUGAGAAUCGACGACUCGCUCAUUCUCCCCCUUUGAGGCACACUCCCUUGCAGAUAAUCCAUGUAAUUGGGAACUUUAUGAGAAUAUGGUCAGUUUAUACCAUGUACCACUACUUAUCUCAAGAAGGAGCUUCAGUUGUAGUUUUCAUUUUCAGUUGCUUGGUUCCAUCAGCUAUGUUCUUUCUAUUAUCGCAAAAGCCUUGGAAAGGAAGGGCCCUAUCCAGUCAACAGGUAAUACCAACGGUACUCAAUGGAGGCAUAACAGCAUUAUACUUUAUUUUGUGGGCAAAGGGCCUGAAGACAUGUGGUCCUAUAAGAGCUAUAUUGGGAGAGUAUGCUGGUGCUGUUCUUGGAGUUCUAUCUGCAGUAUUGUAUGGGCGAAAGGCUCAUGUUUGGAAAAAGGUGGGUGGGCUCGUUGCAAUGUCGGCAGCAUUCUAUUUCUUAUCUCAAGGGUGGGCCAUGGCCACACUCUCACCCUUCACAUUUAAAGAUAGCCUUGUCACAGAGGGUGCAACAAAGGAAGCAUUGGGCAUGAAAGAAAUGACAGUUCCCCUAUGUGCUGGUAUUUUAUCAGCGUUGAGAAGAGUAGUUGCACGCCGAGUGUCACUCAAGAAUCAGCUUAAAAGGCGACUUCAUGCAGUAACUAUGGCUUCUGCAGCAUGCUUUCUCUUUCCUUUUGCAAUUUGGGACUUAAUAUUAGGAUCCUCAUCUGAUAUUAGCAUAAAGUUACCAAUUUCUCUAUGGGCGUAUUCCAGUGUGAUUCUCUUUGGAAUCAUAUUGAUAUUCUAUGUUGAUAACAUUGCCGAAGAGAGAUUACAUAUGGUUUUCUCUUCUCCAAGACAUUUGAUGGUCGCAGGAGGAUGCAUCAUUGUGAUGGAGAUCAUGUAUAAGAUGGAUUUUUCCCUUCCAGGUUUUCUAAUAUGCUCCACGAUUUUGGGAUUUGGUAUUUUUGAAGCAACUUCUUUGGAACGUAUUAAGAAAGAUGCUCCUCAGCCUUUGGACAUGUCAGAUGGAGCUUUCGAAACCCAAAACCAAGGCUUGUCCCUUCCUAAAUAAAUGGUAGUGUAAGCUAGAGCUCAAUUUCGCAACCCUUCGGAUGUCUGAGGAUAGAAGUGAAGUAGUUUUUUUGCUGAGUCUGGAGUCAAAAGCAUAUGCUGGUUCUUUAUCGUUCCUGUAUCCCUUCGCCAAUCUAAAGAGCCACUGCUCUUAUUAUGUGUACAGUGGUAUCAUGAACACUUGAUAGUCUCUCUUGCAAUGACAAUUCACAUCGUUAACCAGUUGAUA